AUGGUAUUGCCUCCCCAAGCGCCAGACAGAGUACCCUCCAACAUCACAACACCUCCACCUUUCAUCACAAAAGCUCAGUCCAAUAGUAAAUACAGGUCUAACUUUGUUAAUUCCAUGACCAACAAGACAACUAGACAGCAGUUGAGUGCACAAGGCAUCAAAGCGUUAUAAUGAUUACUGUAAUAUUGUAUGGUACAACCUUGUAGCUAACUGGUUGUGUUGUCCUGUGUGGCUGUCUCAGGCGGUUCCAAGCAGAGGCUGAGCCCCUUCCAGGGUAAUACAUCACUGCAGACGGUCCAGACACAUACCUGCUGCCCCCCUUCUACCUGUACCAGCCCCUGGAGUGCAUUGUGGAAGAGACAGAGAGCAGGCUGA